AUGGCGUUUAGGACGUCGUUCUGGUGGCCGGACGUGAGAGUGUCCCUCGACGAGGAUGGUGAAGUCGAGGGCACGGAGAGGGGGAGAGAGGAGUUGACGAAGAAGGGGACGAAGCGGAAGAGAGCCCCUCCCACAAAGGGGCCAUGCGAGCACGGGGUGAAGUAUCGGUCGCAAUGCAAGGUGUGCAGCGCUUGUCCGCACGGGAAGUGGCGCUAUACAUGCAAGGAGUGCGAUGGUGCGUCAAUCUGCGAGCACGGUCGUAUGCGCUCUACGUGCAAAGAGUGCGGUGGGUCGCAAAUCUGCGAGCACGGUCGAAUACGCUCUCAGUGCAAGGAGUGCGGCGGGGCUUCAAUCUGCGAGCACGGUCGUCAGCGCUCUAGCUGCAAGGAGUGCGGUGGGGCCUCAAUCUGCGAGCACGGUCGUGAGCGCCGCAGGUGCAAAGAGUGCGGUGGGUCUGAAAUCUGCGAGCACAGUCGUCGGCGCACUGAGUGCAAGGAGUGCGGUGGGUCUGGAAUCUGCGAGCACGGUCGUGUACGCUCUCAGUGCAGGGAGUGCGGCGGGUCUGCAAUCUGCGAGCACGGUCGUGUACGCUCUAGGUGCAAGGAGUGCGGUGGGUCUGCAAUCUGCGAGCACGGUCGUGUACGCUCUAGGUGCAAGGAGUGCGGUGGGGGUGCAAUCUGCGAGCACGGUCGUGUACGCUCUCGGUGCAAGGAGUGCGGUGGGGGUGCAAUCUGCGAGCACGGUCGAAUACGCUCUGAGUGCAAGGAGUGCGGCGGGGGAUCAAUCUGCGAGCACGGCCGUCGGCGCUCUCGGUGCAAGGAGUGCGGUGGGUCUCAAAUCUGCGAGCACGGUCGUCGGCGCAAUCAGUGCAAGGAGUGCGGUGGGUCUCAAAUCUGCGAGCACGGUCGUCGGCGCACUAGGUGCAAGGAGUGCGGUGGGUCUGAGAUCUGCGAGCACAGUCGUCAGCGCUAUCAGUGCAAGGACUGUCUCUCGUGA